GGAGAGACUUCACCUGAAGAGACCAGAAACAUUUCCUCCUCCGCCCUAUCUGCCCCCAGGUGAGUGGAGAGUGUUACCUGGCUAAACCCUGCACCUAUCGUUCUGCUUUCCAUCGGAACGGCUGCUCUUUAACUCUGGAGAAAAGAUACAAAUCUAACAGAAGGAGCGCGUCCUCCAAGUGACAGCAGGCGGGCAGUAAAAAGAUAGGAUCUCCAGCCCUAGCUCGUGAGCACUCAGGCAGCCCACAGCAGGAGGUGUCAGCCAGCAUGAGGAGGAACGACAACUACCUGCCGGUCGCUGGCGAGGAGAAGAACCUGGAUGUGGACUUCAACACCACCGCCAGGAGCAACGAGUCCAUACCAAUGAAAAAUAUGUAUGCGGAUGACGGCUCUUCUCUGUCUUCACGACUUGGCCCAUACUUCUCUGACGGGCGGCGCCGGGUGGACUACGUGCUGGCAUACCAAAUCCAAAAGCCUGCCAGCAUCCGGCGCCAGUCCUCCAGGUUCGGAGAUAAUAACUUCAUCCGACGGAUCCGGCGCAGCCUGAGCAUGAGAAGCAGCCGUGCCCCCCUGCAGCCAAAAGAAGACCCUGAGAUCGCCGCCCAGGAUCAACGGACUGACUACCAUGAGGAUGACAAGCGCUUCCGGAGGGAGGAGUUUGAGGAAAACCUCCUGGAGACGGGGCUGGAGCUGGAAAAGGACGAAGCGACUAAGAUCUCUGGAAUUGGCUUCUUGAAGAUCCAUGCUCCUUGGAACGUUCUGUGUCGUGAGGCUGAGUUCAUGAAGCUCAAGAUGCCAACCAAGAAGGUUUACGAGGUGAAACAAGGCAGUAAUCUGGUGGAGAAGAUCCGACUGUUCAUCCACAAAGUCACAGCUCCCCUCCACCCCAAAGUGGACGCCAACCGGCAACAAAGCACCAAGUCCCUCUCUCACCCCUUCUCCAGAGAGAAGCAGCAUCUGUUUGAUCUGUCUGACAGGGACAAGUUCUUUGACAGCAAGACCCGGAGCUCAAUAGUCUAUGAGGUUCUGAAGAGGACGAGAUGCACCCGAGCCAAAUACUCCAUGGGGAUCACCAGUCUACUAGCUAAUGCUGUCUAUACGUCUGCUUACCCUCUGCAUGAUGGAGACAUCGAGGGGGUGAAUGCAGAAGCAAACGACAGGAAGCUGCUUUACGAGGAGUGGGCCAGCUACAGCGUCUUCUACAAGUACCAGCCCAUCGGACUCAUAAGGAAGUAUUUUGGGGAGAAGGUGGGACUAUAUUUCGCCUGGUUAGGAGUCUACACACAGAUGCUGAUCCCUGCAGCCAUCGUCGGAGUCAUCGUGUUCCUCUACGGCUGUGCCACUGUCGAUGAUAACAUACCGAGUAUGGAGAUCUGUGAUCCCAGGAACAACAUCACCAUGUGUCCGCUGUGCGACCGCGCCUGCAGCUACUGGAAGCUGGUGACCGCCUGCGGGACGGCCCGGGCCAGCCACCUCUUCGAUAACCCCGCCACCGUCUUCUUCUCCAUCUUCAUGGCCCUCUGGGCGGUUCUCUUCAUGGAGCACUGGAAGAGACGACAGAUGCGGCUCAACUAUGUCUGGGACCUGACGGGCUUCGGAGAAGAGGAGCAGGAGGAACAUAAGGACCACAACCGAGCCGAGUACGAGUUCCGGGUCAUGAAAAAGACAAUGAAACAGGAACAAUCCAGCCCCAAGAGUGAGAAAGUGAAGCUGACCUGUACAGACAGAAUGCCAGCUUACCUGACUGCCGUGUUGAUGAUGGGCUUCAUGAUCCUCGUGACGUUUGCCAUGGUCUUCGGGGUCAUCCUGUACCGGAUCAGCAUUAAGGCAGCGCUGCACAUGAGCACCUACUCCGCAGCACGGUCCAACAUCAGAGCCACAGUCAAAACCACAGCCGCCAUCAUCAACCUCAUCAUCAUCAUCAUUUUAGAUGAAAUCUACGCCGCCAUCGCCCGCUGGCUCACCAAACUGGAGGUGCCAAAGACAGACAAGAGUUUUGAAGAGCGUCUCAUCUUCAAAACCUUCAUCCUGAAGUUUGUCAAUGCAUUCACGCCCAUCGUCUAUUUGGCCUUUUUCAGGGGCAGGCUUGUUGGGCGGCCUGGAAGCUACUUGUAUGUUAUUGGAUCGUACAGAAUGGAAGAGUGUGCUCAUGCAGGCUGCCUCAUGGAGCUGUGCAUCCAGCUGUGCAUCACUAUGCUGGGCAAGCAGCUCAUCCAGAACAACCUGUUUGAGAUUGGCAUGCCGAAGCUGAAGAAACUGCUCCGGAGGAGGAAGUCAGAGUUGGACUCAAAGCAAGAGGAGGAGCUGAACAAAACCCUGCAGCGGCACGAGAAGGACCACAUCCUGGGUCCCUUCGUCGGCCUCAGCCCCGAGUACAUGGAGAUGAUCAUCCAGUUUGGGAUGGUAACUCUUUUCGUGGCCUCCUUCCCUCUGGCUCCUCUCUUCGCUCUCCUGAAUAACAUCAUUGAGAUCCGCCUGGAUGCCAAGAAGUUUGUCAUGGAGCUGCGCAGGCCGAUUGCAGCCAAGGCCAAAGACAUUGGCAUCUGGUACAACCUCUUGAGAGGCCUCAGCAAGGUAGCAGUCAUCGUAAAUGCCUUUGUCAUCUCCUUCACCUCGGACUUCAUCCCUCGGCUGGUGUACCAGUACAUGUACAGCCUGGACGGCACCAUGCACGGCUUCGUCAACCACACCCUGUCGUACUUCAACGUCAGCGACUUCCAGCCCGGCACAGACCCUCUCCAGCCAAUGCACCUGGGCUACAAAGUAGAAAUAUGCAGGUAUAAGGACUACAGAGAGCCUCCCUCCUCCAGCUCACAGUAUGAACUCUCCAAAGAGUUCUGGGCGGUUCUGGCCGCUCGCCUCGCCUUCGUUGUUGUCUUUCAGAACGUGGUGAUGCUCAUGAGUGACUUUGUGGACUGGCUGAUCCCGGACAUCCCCAAGGACAUCAGUCUCCAGAUGCACAAGGAGAAGAUUCUCAUGGUGGAGCUCUUCAUGAAGGAGGAGCAGGGCAAAAGGCUUGCAGCGCGGGACAACCACAACCAGGACAACUGCAACUCCCCCUCCUCUGCGACGCAGACCCCCCCGCAGCCGCGCUCCAGAACCGCCACGCACGCAGUCGGGUGGGAAAACAAGCACAAGCAGCCAGAAGAAAACCCAGCACCUAUAUAGAAACUGUAAAUACGCUACUUUAAGACAGCUGUUAAAGACCUUAAACACAUGAUCAGUUUUUAAUAAUCAGCAAAGCUUUGCUGCAUUCAUGUUGUUUGGUAAUACUUGCAGGAAUUAACCUGCAGUUCAAACAUUAACGUGUUAGCAGUAGCACUAAUUGUUUGCCUCUUUUUAUCUUUUUUCCCAUGUAAAGAGCAAGCCAUACAUUAGGCAUACAUCUAGCCAGUGGUUAAACAAUACUCGUAGGAUUUAGAAUCGCAAAAACAUUAUUUAUUGAAGUAACUGUGUUUGAAGGGAACAAGCCAUUAGUUCACUUGACUCUGGGAAAAUUCCUUGUCAAUGGGAUCUUCAUUCAGGAUUUCCAAACCAAACCCAACCUGCAACUUAAUAUGAAUAUUUUUGAGCAGUAGGUUCAUAACUGCCACCUUUCUCACGGGACUUGAAUGCAGCUUUUAUAUUAAAGACAGCCUCCGUCCAAAUGGCCCUGCUGAGAAGAAUUCCCUCCCAACACAACAGGAAGUCCUUUCUCCUGCCAACACUAAAGCUCAGAUAGGCCUUUUACCCCGUUUCUUUGCAGAGUUAUAUACAAAUGCAAGAAUGUAUUGAUGUACUGUUUUUAAUGCGCAACAUGGUCUAGCACAUGUGUUUUGGUUGUUGAGAUGAACACCAGAAGGUUUUGGAAGACCUUCUGUGUCAUCAAUUUGUACUCUUGUUUUGUACGAGCACCAUUUUGCUCAUUGUUACAUUUGUUAUAUUUUGACUAUGUACAAACUGUCAAACAGUGCUCUGUGGCAUUAUUCCUGGAAGCACAAGUCUCAUUAUUUUUCAUUCCAAUUAACUGGAAAGCUGUAUUUGGCUAGAUUUAGAGGAUAAACACAAAGUGACGCCACGCUCCUCUCGCUGAGAUGAUAUACUGUAGAUACUUCGGGUGUGCCCUAAUAACCACGAGAGAAAUAUUUUCAACACAAGUUUUUAAUGAAAAUGAUUCCUUAAGCUUUAUAAAUAGAUUGUUUAGUGAUUAUCUUAUGGAAGUUGUCAGCACAACAAGUUGAAAACCACAGACUGAAUAUCAAAGUAAAUGUACAGAAGUUACCGUGACAUCAGC